AUGAUGAAGAUAGUAGGAAGACCGAAAAAGGGGAAGGAUAGGGUCCAGGCCGAAUUAUUACAGUACGCAUUAGAAUGGCUAAUAAAGGACCUACAUGAAUCAAUUGAUAUUCACGACCAGGAGGAUUCUAGACGAACACUGGAGGACAAGAACCAAAUAUGGCUUCUAGCAAUAGACCUGGCGAAGGCCUUCGACCAAGUGAAGCAUGAAGCAUUAACAAACAAUGAGGAGGGCGGAACGGAAGGCACAAAGGAUACUGAUGGAAAACAGCAACCUCACAAGAAAGCAGAUAAGGGAAUUACUAGAAGGAAAGACAAUCACCAGGAGACUGAAGAUGAGGCAGCUAAGAUAUUGGAGGAACAAAGGCCAUAUCUAGGAACCCAUAUUCUUCAGGUGGCUCGGAAUGGAAAGUUGGCCGUACCAAAACUGUUAAGAAAUUUCGCCAUUUUUGAUAAUGAUGUGGUUUUAAGAUGUUUUGAACAUGUACUGUACCAUUGUUAUUUACACUAUCGACCUUUCAUAGUUAUUUCUUGGAACAGGUACAAACCGCCGCCACAUCUGGUGGAUGUCGCAGCCGAUGAGCAACAAAGUGCGUGCGCUCGCCAUUUGGACAGCCUGAGUGUGUAUUAUGGGCGACAGGUGCUUUUAGAUUUGGUCGAUCAGCGUGGUUCUGAAGGUAAGCUGCAAAAGGCUUAUGCGGACACUGUGCAGGCGCUCGGAUUUCCUUUCGUAAGAUACGAACCUUUCGAUUUCCAUUCGGAGUGCCGACACAUGCGAUGGGAUCGUUUGUCGAUACUAUUGGAUCGCAUAUCUUUGGAGCAGGACGACAUGGGAUUCUUUUUGUUACUGAGAGAUGGAUCAAUACCUCUUCUACAGGAUGGCGUCUUUCGUACUAAUUGUGUGGACUGUUUAGAUCGGACUAAUGUCGUACAGAGCAUGAUUGCCAGACGAUGUUUAGGUAACAUAUUGCAUAAGUUAUCUAUAAUAAAAAGUGAGGAGAGUAUAGAGGAAUUUCCGUCCUUAGAACGAGUGUUUAAGGAAGUUUGGGCAGAUAAUGCCGAUUUAAUUAGUCUUCAGUAUUCUGGCACAGGUGCUCUUAAAACUGAUUUCACACGAACCGGCAAACGGACGCACGUUGGCCUUAUGAGAGAUGGCCUUAACUCGUUGACGAGGUAUUAUAAGAAUAAUUUCAGUGAUGGUUUCCGCCAAGAUGCUAUUGACUUAUUUCAUGGCAUUGCCGAAAUUAAGUCACCAUUGCGAAUCGAGCGUGGUUGGAAGUAUAUUACUUUCCCGUCCGUAUUAUUAGUAGCAAUUGCUAUGUUUGUGGCAUGUGCGAUUUUACCUUCGGAGUACUCGACAGAUUCUCUUUUGUUUAUUCUGUUCUGGGGUGUAAUGGUUACAGCAACGUUAACGACCAUUUUGAAUCAUGGUCCUGAGUUUGUUGAUCAACCAAGGCUCACUGUUCUCUAAUCGCUGUGAUGGACGUCUCUUGAGGAUUUUGUAGAAAAUAAUUUAUAAGCAGUAUUUUGAAGAAAUCCUUCCUCUCAUAUUGCAAAGGAUCACUUAGAAGACCUAGUACCUAAGUGAUAAGCUCAUAAAUUUUUACUUUUUGCCGAUAAUUAAAUCGAGAAAAUUUUGCACUAAAUGUUGUGUUAUACUGUACUUUAUAUUAUAUUUUGUUGUUUGUAACAUGUAAGUAUAAUAGACUAAUGCCUGGUUUCACAAACGAUGAUUAAGGUUAAUCACUGAUUAAAAAUAUUUGAAUGUUAGCCAGCUUUGAUUAUACGCUCAGAUGUUUCCCAUUCUAAUAUUUUUAAUCAGUGAUUAACCUUAAUCAUCGUUUGUGAAACCGGGCAAUAGUAUAAGUGUAAUUAUAUGUAACUACCACUGUAACAUGGCGGCUCUAUUUUUGUUGCUGUUGUACCUGUACAUAGUGGGCCAAAGUAGACGCUUUAUUUAGAGAAUGUCACUGGCACCAAUAACACCUGUCUCAAACUGUCUGGCCAUUAGGGGUGA